UUAAUAUAAUUUCUAAUAAUAUUUUAAUAAAUAUUUAAUUUUAAUAAUAAAAUUUUUUAAGACAGAUCUGGGAAAUUUUGUUAUUCAAACAUCCUCUACGAUUAUCAAGUAAAUGCGAGGAUGUCCGGUAAGGUUAUUAAGUAAAAAUUACAUUAUGUCUCAAGAAAAGAAUGAUGAAAUAACAGAGGAAUUGAACAAUUUCAAAAUAUCCGAAGAACAAACAUCCGAUGACCAUGACGAAUAUCAAUAUUUGAAUUUAAUUGAGAAAAUAAUUGAAACCGGAGCGAAGAAAAAUGAUAGAACUGGAGUUGGUACUUAUUCGAUUUUUGGAACGCACAUGCGUUUCAAUUUACAAGAUGGAAUAUUUCCAUUAUUGACUACAAAACGAGUCUUUUGGCGCGGUGUCGUAGAAGAAUUGUUAUGGUUUAUUAAAGGAUCAACUAAUGUGAAAGAAUUGGCAGAUAAAGGAGUUCAUAUUUGGGAUGCCAAUGCUUCUCGUGCUUAUCUCGAUUCUUGUGGUCUUACGGAGAGAGAAGAAGGUGAUUUAGGCCCUGUAUAUGGAUUCCAAUGGAGACAUUAUGGCGCGGAAUACAAAAAUAUGCAUACAAAUUAUAAAGGACAAGGUAUUGAUCAAUUGAGGGAAGUCAUUCACAAAAUAAAACACUCACCGAAUGAUAGAAGAAUAAUAAUGACAGCAUGGAAUCCAGUUGAUAUCCCAAAAAUGGCUUUACCACCGUGUCAUUGUCUCGUACAAUUUUAUAUACACAAUGGAAUGUUGUCGUGUCAACUUUAUCAAAGAAGCGCUGAUAUGGGUCUUGGCGUACCAUUCAAUAUAGCAUCGUAUUCUCUAUUAACUUACAUGGUGGCUCAUAUUACAAAUUUGAAGCCAGGUGAAUUCAUACACACAAUGGGUGAUUGUCACGUAUACGUAGAUCAUAUACCGGCACUUAAAGAACAAAUAAAACGUACACCAAAGCCAUUUCCAACAUUAAAAAUUAUCGGUGAUAUUAAGGAUAUAGAUGACUUUACGAUUGAUAAUUUUGAGUUAAUCAAUUACGAGCCACAUCCAAAAAUUAAUAUGAAAAUGGCAGUAUGAUUUUUUCUUCCUUUUCUUUUUUCCUUUCUUUUUUUGUUUUUUUUUUUUUUUUCCUAUUAGAGAUUUCAGGUACAAGUAUAAAAAUAAGAACUUUUUCUAAGAAAUUUUGUUUGACAGACAGUAUAUUAUUUUAUAUAUACU